AUGGUGGUUGUCAUGGCAACCAGCUUCCCUCACCAUCAUCAUCAUCAUCAUCAUCGUCUGCAUCAGAGACAUGAUAAAGAAAGCUGGUUUGCUGAUUUCAAAAAAGUAUCAUCAAAGGGCAGGGCUAAUCAUCUCUACGGAGUCAAUCAAUAUAAACCGGGUGGCAGGAUGAAAGAUAAAGAUAGCAACAUUGAAGUGCGCAAGGAAAUAUUUAGCCAACUCAAAGCAGUCAGGCAGCCAAUAGUACAACAAAUAUCAUCAGGACUGACUGAAGAUCAAUUGAAGGAGGAAAGAGAGGCUGAAGCUCAACAGCUGGCAGAAAUAUUUCAAUUACUACAAAAUCAAGAAGACAAAUUCAAUGUCAGUUCCAUGGAAGAGCUUGAAGAUCAGAUGAAACUCUAUCGUCCUUGAUUCACACACUUCAUUACUUGAUCCACUACUUAAACCACGUGAAAAACCUGCACCGUAAUAGAAAAUUUGUAUAUAGUUUGUCCAGUUUGAAAACAACCAAUCUACUUAAUGAAUAAAUUUGGAAUUGAUCAAGAA